GAGCCGCCGAGGAGGUCGCGGGAGUUUCCCCCGUCCCCGCCGGGAUGAGCCAGCGCCACAGCCACCGCCGCGGCCCCCGGGCCGACAUGGUGCCCGAGAUCGCCGCCGCCGUGGGCUUCGUGUCCGGCCUGCUGCGGACGCGGGGCUGCGUUAGCGAGCAGCAGCUGCAGGUCUUCAGCGGGGCGCUGCGGGAGGCGCUCACAGAGCACUACAAACACCACUGGUUCCCCGAGAAACCCUUCAAAGGCUCCGGGUACCGCUGCAUCCGCAUCAACCACAGAAUGGACCCCAUAAUCAGCAAGGCGGCGAGGCAGAUCGGACUGAGCCUCCCGCAGCUCUACCAGCUGCUGCCCAGCGAGCUCACGCUCUGGGUGGAUCCCUACGAGGUCUCCUACCGCAUCGGAGAGGACGGAUCCAUCUGCGUCUUGUACGAGGCGGCGGCCGCCAAACCCCACCCCAGCUCCUGCGGAGGGAUGCUCACCUGCAAGAACCAGAUGAUGCUGGGCCGUGACAGCCCUUCCAAAAACUACAUCAUGACUGUCUCCAGUUAAAAAAACAAAACCCCAAAAAAACGCGACAAAAAAAACAAACAAAAAAUCUCCUCUCUGUCCUUACACUGCCAAGACACAGGCUACUGUAAUACCUCAAGAUGAGGAUCUAUUUUUAAGAUGAAGAGCUAUUUAUAUUUUUUAAAAAAAAGUGAGAAAACCUUCAGAAAAUCCAAAAUUAAAAUAUCGGGCGCCGCUCUUGAGCCAAGGCGGUGCCCCAGGUGCCUUUUCUAAA